AUGGGAGAAGGGGAUGGAAUCUGGGAGAAGGGGAUGGACCCUGGGAGAAGGGGAUGGAAUCUGCGAGAAGGGGAUGGAAUCUGGGAGAAGGGGAUGGAAUCUAGGAGAAGGGGAUGGAAUCUAGGAGAAGGGGAUGGAAUAUGGGAGAAGGGGAUGGAAUCUGGGAGAAGGGGAUGGAAUAUGGGAGAAGGGGAUGGAAUCUGGGAGAAGGGGAUGGACCCUGGGAGAAGGGGAUGGAAUCUGCGAGAAGGGGAUGGAAUCUGGGAGAAGGGGAUGGAAUCUAGGAGAAGUGGGUGGAAUCUGGGAGAAGGGGAUGGAAUCCGGGAGAAGGGGAUGGAAUAUGGGAGAAGGGGAUGGAAUCUGGGAGAAGGGGAUGGAAUCUGGGAGAAGGGGAUGGAAUCAGGGAGAAGGGGAUGGAAUUUGGGAGAAGGGGAUGGAAUCUGGAGAAGGGGAUGGAAUCUGGGAGAAGGGGAUGGAAUUUGGGAGAAGGAGAUGGAAUCUAGGAGAACAGAAUGGAAUCUGGGAGAAGGGCAUGGAAUGAGAAGGGGAUGGAAUCUGGGAGAAGGGGAUGGAAUCUGGGAGAAGGGGAUGGAAUCGGGAAGAAGGGGAUGGAAUCAGGGAGAAGGGGAUGGAAUUUGGGAGAAGGGGAUGGAAUCUAGAGAAGGGGAUGGAAUCUGGGAGAAGGGGAUGGAAUUUGGGAGAAGGAGAUGGAAUCUAGGAGAAGGGAAUGGAAUAUGGGAGAAGGGCAUGGAAUCUGGGAGAAGGGGAUGGAAUCCGGGAGAAGGGGAUGGAAUAUGGGAGAAGGGGAUGGAAUCUGGGAGAAGGGGAUGGAAUCUGGGAGAAGGGGAUGGAAUCAGGGAGAAGGGGAUGGAACUUGGGAGAAGGGGAUGGAAUCUGGAGAAGGGGAUGGAAUCUGGGAGAAGGGGAUGGAAUUUGGGAGAAGGAGAUGGAAUCUGGGAGAAGGGCAUGGAAUCUGGGAGAAGGGCAUGGAAUCUGGGAGAACGGGAUGGAAUGUGGGAGAAGGGGAUGGAAUCUGGGAGAAGGGGAUGGAAUCUGGGAGAAGGGGAUGGAAUCUGGGAGAAGGGGAUGGAAUCUGGGAGAAGGGGAUGGAAUCUGGGAGAAGGGGAUAGAAUCAGGGAGAAGGGGAUGGAAUCUGGGAGAAGGGGAUGGAAUCUGGGAGAAGGGGAUGCAAUCAGGGAGAAGGGGAUGGAAUCGGGGAGAAGGGAAUGGAAUCAAGGAGAAGGGGAUGGAAUUUGGGAGAAGGGGAUGGAAUCAGGAGAAGGGGAUGGAAUCUGGGAGAAGGGGAUGGAAUUUGGGAGAAGGAGAUGGAAUCUGGGAGAAGGGGAUGGAAUCCGGGAGAAGGGGAUGGAAUAUGGGAGAAGGGGAUGGAAUCGGGGAGAAGGGAAUGGAAUCUGGGAGAAGGGGAUGCAAUCAGGGAGAAGAGGAUGGAAUCGGGGAGAAGGGAAUGGAAUCAAGGAGAAGGGGAUGGAAUUUGGGAGAAGGGGAUGGAAUCAGGAGAAGGGGAUGGAAUCUGGGAGAAGGGGAUGGAAUUUGGGAGAAGGAGAUGGAAUCUGGGAGAAGGGAAUGGAAUCUGGGAGAAGGGGAUGGAAUCUAGGAGAAGGGGAUGGAAUCUGGGAGAAGGGGAUGGAAUCAGGGAGAAGGGGAUGGAAUCUGGGAGAAGGGGAUGGAAUCUAG